CUCCUGCUUGCCUGCGCAAGUAAACAUUUUGUUGCGUACACUCAAACACUACAUUCGCUUGAGCUCUUGUUCACCUGACCUAAAGCCCACAGUACCUCCAGAAGCCCUCCGGCCGACAGCUCGCUCAAGAAUGUCACAAAUGGAGAUGUUGGAGAAGCUGGAGGAGUUCUUCUGCAGCCCGAAGUUUACCUGUGCUAUCGGUGAAUUCAUGAGUGAAAACGCGGAGAAGCUGGAGUUCGUGCCGCUUGAUGGGGAGCAGCAUCUGCAGAACUUCGACAUCUUCAAGCAGUACACGUCCAUGGUGGAGCAGCAACUGGAGGAGUUCAUCCAGGCGGAGGGUCUGAGCGUCAAGGCCAUUUGCGAGGCGUGCGCCGCGGCCCAGAACGAUGACAGCCAUAUGCACAUCGCCGCCAUCGACUACCUGGUGGCCUCCACCGAGUACGAGUCCUUCAUGCAGCUAGCCUACGACCACGCCUGCAUGGCUGCGUACGAGCCGAACGAGCUGACGGCAUGGGAGCCCGAGGCUGAGGGCACCCGGGAAGCAGCGGUUGCUGUGGAGGCGGCAGCGUAAGCGGGGAGCUGCCUUCAGUGGGCGCCCGCGUGGCGACGCCAGGGGACUGUCCUGGGAUGGUGAUGGCUUCAGGGUGAUUAUUGAUUUGCAUGUUUGCGACUGCUGACUUGGACAGGGGAUUGUGCAACACGAGUGUGCUUUUACAGGGGCGAACGUACACGAUGCCCUGCUCAUCCAAUAUUUAAGUUUGUUUGCUGCCAACAUGAGGCGCCAUUGCGCUUUGCGCAAACCUGCUAUGCCUAGCGAAUAUUGGCCAUGGAAACGAGGGCGCUAGGCCCUGGAACGCUGGCGGGGCAAGGCUGAUGGGUGGUGAUCUGAGGGGAAGGCGGUUCAUGCAAUGUGCGCGAUGGCGCAUUCGAUUCUAUCCCAUCAGCUGUGCCAAUUGUAUCAACUGUAAAUGUAACCAUUC